AGAAAUUCAAGCUGCAAGGAGGGAAGCACACUACCAGAAUCUCUGGCCUUGAGAAGAGUCCCUGUUACCCCUUUUUUCCCUUUUUACCGAAUAAAACCCUGCCUACCCUUCAGGUCAUCUACAAGCCUAGCUUUUCACGGCUCUGAGACAAAGACUCCAUCUUUUGGUGAACUAAGGAAAUGUCCUGCAACAUUUUUGGCACACAACAUAGGACUUGAGAAGUGUUUCUAGCCAGGCAUGGCGGCUCAUACCUGUAAUUCCAGCACUUUGGGAGGCUGAGGCAGGUGAACUGCUUGAGCUCAGGAGUUUGUGACCAGCCCAGGCAACAUGGUCUUUGAGGAAUCACCACACUGUCUUCCACAAUGGCUGAACUAAUUUACACUCCCAUAUACCCUUCCAAGACUGAACCAGAAAUAAAUUGAAUCCCUGAACAGACCAAUAAUGAGUUCUGAAAUUGAAGCUGUAAUAAAUAGCCCACCAACCAAAAAAAAGCCAGGACCAGAUGAAUUUGCAGCUGAAUUCCACCAGAUGUACAAAGAAGAGCUGAUACCAGUCCUACUGGAACUAUUCCAAAACAUUGAAAAAGAGGGAUUUCUCCCUAACUUAUUCUGUAAAGCCAGCAUUAUCCUUAUAAGCAAAACCUGGCAGUUAUCUAACAAAAAAAGAUAAUGCGGGCCAAUAUCCUUAAUCAACAUCAAUGCAAAAGUCCUCAGCAAAAUACUGGCAAACUGAAUCCAGCAGCACGAGAAAAAGCUUAUCCAUCAUGAUCAAGUAGGCAUCAUCCCCGGGAUGCAAGGUUGGUUCAACAUAUGCAAAUCAAUAAAUGUGAUUCAUCACAUAAACAGAACUAAAGACAAAAAACAUGAUUAUCUCAAUAGAUGCAGAGAAGGCUUUCGAUAAAAUUCAAAAUCCAUUCUAAAAUCCAUUAAUAAACUGCGUAUUGCAAUAACAUACCUCAAAAUAAUAAGAGCCAUCUGAGUCUGUUGUGACUUGCAGCAGCCGCCCCCUUCUGCACAGUCUUGCCAAGCCAGCGCCUGGGACUGGAACCCGGCCACAGCCCCUCAGCUUCGCCCACCGCCUCCUGACGAUGGAACCCCGCAAAGUGAACAAGCUUCGGGGAAAUGUGAAACUGUGUAAGCAGGAUCCAAGCGUUCUGCACACUGAGGAAAUAUGCUUCCUGAAGGAGUGGGUGGAGAGUAUGGGGGGUAAAGUACCACCUGCUACUCAGAAAGCUAGAUCAGAAGAAAAUACUAAGGAAGAAAAACCUGAUAGUAAGAAAGUGGAGGAAGACUUAAAGGGAGACAAACCAUCAAGUGAGGAAAGUGAUCUAGAAAUUGAUAAUGAAGGUGUGAUUAAACCAGACACUGAUGCCCCUCAAGAAAUGGGAAAUGAAAAUGCAAAGAUAACAGAGGAGAUGAUGGAUCUGGCAAAUGAUAAGAAAGUGGCCGCUAUUGAAGCCCUAAAUGAUGGUGAACUGCAGAAAGCCACUGACUUAUUCACAGAUGCCAUCAAGCUGAAUCCUCACUUGGCCAUUCUGUAUGCCAAGAGGGCCAGUGUCUUUGUCAAAUUACAGAAGCCAAAUGCUGCCAUCUGAGACUGUGACAGAGCCAUUGAAAUAAAUCCUGAUUCAGCUCAGCCUUACAAGUGGUGAGGGAAAGCACACAGGCUUCUAGGCCACUGGGAAGAAGCAGCCCAUGAUCUUGCCCUUGUUUGUAAAUUGGAUUAUGAUGAAGAUGCUAGUGCAACACUGAAAGAAGUUCAACCUAGGGCACAGAAAAUUGCAGAACAUUGGAGAAAGUAUGAGCAAGAACGUGAAGAGCGAGAGAUCAAAGAAAGAAUAGAAAGAGUUAAGAAGGCACAAGAACAUGAGAGAGCCCAGAGGGAGGAAGAAGCCAGACGACAGUCAGGAGCUCAGUAUGGCUCUUUUCCAGGUGGCUUUCCUGGGGGAAUGCCUGGUAAUUUUCCUGGAAGAAUGCCUGGAAUGGGAGGGGGCGUGUCUGGAAUGGCCGGAAUGCUUGGACUCAAUGAAAUUCUUAGUGAUCCAGAGGUUCUUGCAGCCAUGCAGGAUCCAGAAGUUAUGGUGGCCUUCCAGGACGUGGCUCAGAACCCAGCAAAUAUGUCAAAAUACCAGAGCAACCCAAAGGUUAUGAAUCUUAUCAGUAAAUUGUCAGCCAAAUUUGGAGGUCAAGCAUAAUGCCCUUCUGAUAAAUAAAGCCCUUACUGAAGGAAAAGCAACCUAGAUCACCUUAUGGAUGUUGCAAUAAUACAAACCAGUGUAUGAUUCUGACCUUCCUUCUCAAGAGAGCUGGGGUGCUUUGAAGAUAAUUCCUAACUCUCUCCCCCAAAUACAGCUGAAACAUUUUACAGUGGUUUGCCAUUAGGGUAUUCAUUCAGAUAAUGUUUUCCUACUAGGAAUUACAAAUUUCAAACACUUUUUAAACCUUAAAAAUAUUUAAAACAAAUUUAAAGCAUCUGUUAAUUCUUAUAUUUUUAUUUACUAACCAUUCUGAAUUUUUUUCUUUGAAUUAUUGGGCAGGGAAGAUACGUAUGUAUGGAAGAUUAUUGCUCUAAUUUGAGUGAAAUAAAAGUGUAUUAGUGUGAGGCAAACAUAACUCAUCUGAGGAUAAAGUUUGUGUUGGAUAUGUGGUUCCUGAAGCAUUUUGACUUGUCUUUUUAAACGCUGCAUCUUUUUCUUUAAAGAUUUAUAUCAAUAAAACUAAUUGGGACCACCACUAUUUCAGUAGGACCUGGGUAGGGACUGGAAUUACUUGGCAAGGCAGCAGCAAUCUUGCUGUGUUUUGUAUAACAUGCAUAUUUGUGCAGGUUGCCCUUAAAUCUACACUGUGGUGAAGGGAUGAUUUUUUUUUGUAAUCCUGCAGUAGAGUUGGAGUACUUAGUUCUGUUCUUGUCCAAUAUAACUAAUAAAUGUUUCAUAUUAUUUCCACAUAGGGGAAA